AGUAUGCGCUAGUGGAGGUUCCCUGACAGGUUGGGGAGCAUCGGGCCAGCUGGGACCGAUCGCGGAGGGCCAGGAUGGGGGAGGCGGCCGUGGCAGAAGGGCCCUGUCCACUGCGAGAGGACAGCUUCACGCGCUUCUCGUCGCAGAGCAACGUGUAUGGGCUUGCUGGAGGCGCCGACGGGCGAGGGGAGUUGCUGGCCGCCACUCUUAAAGGCAAGGUGCUCGGCUUCCGCUAUCAAGACCUCCGACAGAAAAUCAGGCCUGUGGCCAAAGAGCUGCAAUUCAACUACAUCCCCGUGGAUGCUGAGAUCGUCUCCAUCGACACUUUCAACAAGUCACCCCCAAAACGGGGCCUGGUUGUGGGCAUCACUUUUAUAAAGGUACCAUAGCACCCUCCACCUGUCCACGUCCUCUUCCUUAGUCCCUGUGGAUCCCACCAAGUCUAUCCCAAGUGCUCUGAAUCUACAGAAAAU